AUGGAUACAUCUGACGACGUAAAUAUAUUGAAAAUUCUUUUUGAAGAAGAAGAUGAUGAUGACGUUUUGCUCUUAUAUUUGUCAGAAGAAAAAAGAAAAGGCCAUGAUCAAUUAAUCAACGGUCAUUUGAAAAAUAAUGAAAUCAAAUUUCGAGAAUUUUUUAGAAUAAAUCGUAAUCAGUUUGAUUUUAUUUUAAAUUUAAUAAGAGAUGACCUAGCCUUAAAUCCGACUUUUUUUAUAAGGAAACCAAUAACUUCAUCUUCUACUUUGCUAAAUUUGGUCAUUGGAGCACUCAUUGUUGAAAGACCCGACCAACGUCAACCAGCAGUCAAUCAUAAAUGA